CGGCGCCGCGACUUAUGCCGACAAACGACGAGCGGUAUGCCCUGGUGAUGGGCAACAGCUUCCCCGAGUUCCAGUUCAAGCCAAAGGUGCUCGACACGUUGAACUGGACUCCAUCUCGGUCGAUUCCUUGUGCCGAUUCCGACGACGAGCGCAGUGAAGACUACCGCCCCAGGCAGGUCCACAGCUCAUUGAAACCAGAGAAACCCAUCAUGAUACAUCGAUCCAAAUCCCCCAACCAUCCAUCUCGCCAAGUGAAACCAGUCGCACUGUACAGCAAACACACCAACCCGUCGCCUCUGUCCUUAUCUAGAACCACAAGUUCAUCACACACUGCUGCUGCUGCUGUCGUCGCGUCCAAGAGACCAAGUCGGCGGAUGUCAGCCUCGUCGUCGUGGCGGUUCCCACACGGGGCCGAGUCCAAGGCCUCCGUCGAAGCCGCGCCAUCUCCACCAAUCCAAGUGGUAUUCCACAACCAGUUGGCCAGCGAUGAUUUGCACGUGUUCUACACCAAACUCGGGGGGCGCAAGAUCGUCGACUUCCUCGUCCGUCCUGGCAACGAAUCACCCAAGCACGUAUGUGGGUCAGCUCCAUCUUGGUCGUCGUCUAGUGGCGUCCACUUCGUGAGCUUUCCCUUCCAUGCGGCCACGAUGCUAUCGCCGUCCUUUGCAUUUCCGGUACCGGCAACGUCGCGCCCGACGUCGGCGCUGGUCAUGACGUUCUCCGUCCACCACUCGCGAUUUGACACGUACGAACUGUUUGCGGUGGACCCCCGUGGCCGGCUGGCCCCCCUCAGCGUCUUGGAUCACUCGUCCACCCACGACACGUUUGCCAACCAUCCGUUUGUCGUGUGGUGUCGCGGCAGUGGGCGGGGGUUCUGCAUCUACGCCCAGGAAGCGGCCGCGGUCGCCAAAGUCAAGUACUCGCUCGUCGUCGACGACAACGUCCCCAGCGUAUCGUUCAUGGCCACUUCCAAGCCAAUUUGUGUUUCCGCCACUACCGCCGCCGCCUCGGUGUGCGUUUCUUUUUAUCCAAGACAGUAACAAAGUCCCACGUCAGUUGGACCAUUCACCACCGUCGUGCACUGUAUCGCAAGAUAACAUAUAAGUCCAACGGCAUUUGGGCUGUAUUCGCCGAGCACUAUACUGUAUCGCAUGUGUUGGCGUUGAAUAGUGAUGUUUAACGUCUAGCAGGGAGAUAUGGUGUUUGCAAGAACACGUAUUCCA